AUGGCAACCGCCACCUCCCUCCACAAACGUGACGGCGCAAACUCAUAUUCUCUUUACGUCUUCGUUAUCAUUGUUGGGUGCAUAGCAACUGUACUUAUCGGUUCCGGCAUCUAUCAAAUGUACCACGGAGAUGACGAAGAGAACGCCUACGACAUACCCCUUGAGCAAAGGAAAUACAUGCGUGAAGUUCGACAGCGAAACCUCAACACCACAGCCCUUGUAUGCAAUAGGCCAGACAUGGUCAUUCCUAUCGCAGAAUUGAACUACUGA